AUGAGGUCGUACACCCAGCUCCCUCAACAGGAUCCUGACGAUUUUGCUAUUGUUUCUCCUGACCCCACUGAGCAGACGGUUUCUCGUCUGGCUGGGCUACGCCUGUUCUGGCUGGCAGCUGUGCUUUGCUGUGGUGGUGCGUUGUUUGGGUAUGACUCUGGGGUCAUUGGAGGGGUGCUCACCUUCGAGUCCUUUGCUCGCGACUUUCGAUAUAGUCCGGCAGACAAGACUCGCGUCAGCUCCAUCGCUGUCGGCAUCCAGCAGGCCGGCGCCCUGGUAGGCUGCUUCGCCGUCUGGCCCGUGACGAACCGCUGGGGACGUCGUCUCGCCAUGAUGGCAUGCUCUGCCGUUUUCUGCGCAGGGGUCAUCCUCGAAGUCGUCAACUCGCACUCGCUGGCCCUGUUCUACGCCGGCCGGGUGAUCUGCGGACUGGGUAUCGGGGGCUCCGCCACCGUCAUCCCCAUCUACCUGGCCGAGAUGAGCCCCAAAGAGUCGCGCGCCCGCCUCGGCAGCUGCUACCAGUUCACUUACACCAUCGGCAUCCUCGUCUCGUACUGGAUCGACUACGCCGUCAAGUUCAUGCCCGCCUCCCCAGCCCAAUGGCAGAUCCCCAUCGCCCUACAGCUCGUCCCCGGCGCCCUCAUGGGCCUCGGCACCAGCACCCUCCCCGAGAGCGUCCGCUGGCUCCUCGCCAAGGGCGACGACGCCCGCGCCUACUCCAGCCUGCUCUGGAUCCGCGCUGCGUCCUCAUCCUCGCCCGCCCUCUCCGCCGAAUUCACCCACAUGCGCCAAGGCCUCGAGCAAGAGCGCGCCGCAACAGCCAACUUCCACCCCCUCGAGCUCCUCGCCGGCCCCAACGCGCGCCGCCUCCUCCUAGCCUUCGGCCUCUUUCUCGCCCAACAGUCCACAGGCGCCACCGCCCUCGCCUACUUCGCCCCGCAGUUCUUCUCCCUCCUCGUCGGACCCGCCGAUAGUGACCGCAACAGCAAUACCCCCCUCCUCCUAACAGGCAUCUUCGGCGCCAUAAAAGUAUUAUCUUGUCUUCUCUUCCUCCUUCUCCUCUCCGACCGCUUCGGCCGCCGCCCGCUCCUUCUCUCCGGCGCCGCAGCCAUGUCCGCCUGCAUGCUCGCCACCGCCGCCGUCCUCAAAUCCAACACCCCAGCACCCGCUUCACCAGGAAGCAUUACGCCAGCAGCCAUCGCAACCAUCACUCUAAUCUACCUCGACAUCAUCGCCUACAAUCUCUCCUGGGGGCCCCUCCCCUGGCCCUGCGUCUCCGAGCUCUUCCCCACGCGCAUCCGCGAGCCCGGCGUGGCGGUAGGCGUCGGCGCGCAAUGGACGUUCAAUUUCGUGUGGUCGUUUAGCACGCCGUUCAUUCUGGCGAAAAUUAAAUGGGCCACGUUCCUCCUGUUUGGGGGGUUGGAUCUGCUGAUUGUGGGGUUUGUGUGGGUGUGUGUGCUGGAGACUAAGGGGAAGUCGUUGGAGGAGAUCAGUGCCUUGUUUGAGGGGGGUUAUUCCGCUCGUUUGUCUACUGCGAGGAGGGAGGUCGGUAGUGAUAGUGAUGGUGAUAAUGGCAAGGAUGGGAGUAUACUGCAUGUGGAGGCUGGAAGUUCUUCUCCUCAACCUUGA